GGGGGGCAUAAAGAGCUAGGGCUAAAAUGUCAACCUUCAUUGGCAAUAACAUCAGCCCUGAGAAUUCUGGUCUUGCGAAAAUGCAAUAUGGUGCAGAAGAUGAAAUGGAUAAUAAAGAUUUUGACCCGAACAGACUGCUUCAGUGUCCAUUUGAUAGGAAUCACCAGAUUCGUGCCUGUCGCUUCCCCUACCAUCUGCUAAAGUGCCGAAAGAAUCAUCCAAAAUUUGCCAGUGAGCUGAAGACCUGCCCAUUUAAUGCUUGCCACCUGGUGCCAGAGCAUGAGCUAACACACCAUAUUGCCACCUGUUCCCACAAAAGAUCUACCAGUGAUGAAGGUUGUGAGGGAAAUAUGCUUAAAUGGCAGGUCCCAGUCAGUACUUCGACAAAUCCUUGCACUGAGGAAGAUUGGGAUAAAGAGGCUGAUGAUGCUGCUGCUCCUUUUGUGUGGGGUAUAACCAAUGUCCUGGUUCCAAAAAUGGAGGCAAGCAGCACAAACAACCUCGCUGCUACUUUAAGGUCCUCAAAGACUCUUCCAUGCCCAUUUUCUACUUGGUGAAUUUUUUCUUUUUUGGCAUGAAAGGCCAAAUGUUGGUCUCGUGCAUGAGUGGGAGUAGGUUUUUAUGAAACAAUAAAACUAAACACUUAAACAGG